AUAGUCGUGGGAGGAGCUGGGAGCCGGCUCCAAGCAGGCAGCCGGCGGUGCCGCCAGUGUUUUGUUUGCUCGGCCCCCUCGUGAUUGCGCUAAUUGCCCGCCCCGCGCGCUGCAGUCAGCGGGCGACCGCCGAGCCGGGCAGACGCGGGGCGCGCCAGUUCCUCGGCCAUGGAGGUCGCGAACAGGUGGAGGGUGGCCUACGAGAAAGUGAGGACGCUGCAGUCCUGCCUGCCGAGCCGCGCCAAGAGGGUGCAGCAGCUGGACGGAGGCUUCUUCGAGAACUUCGGGUCGCUGCUGCGGGAGCACCGGGCGAUGGCGCGCACCUGCGAGGAGCAGGAGGAGGAGGAGAAGGUGGAGGAGGCGCAAGAGGUCGCCGUGCUCGACGACUCGGACUCGGACCAGGAGCUCGGGCCUGCCGGCAAGUCCGAGCUCAUCUCCACCGCCAUGGGCUGGAACAUCGACGAGCUGUACGCGGAGCUGCUGUACGAGAUCGUGAACGUGGUGGGCUGCGAGGCGAGCACAGGGGAGGAGCGAGCCGCGCUGCUGCGCUACCUGCAGGAGGCCUUCAAGGUGGACGACGACAAGCACCGCGAGCUGCUGGAGCGCGCGCAGGCCAAGGAGGCUCCUAACAUCAUGGUCAACGUCGAGGUCAUAGAAGCCAGGGACCUAGCACCAAAGGACGCGAACGGACUCUGCGAUCCAUUCUGCACUCUGUACCUGACCUCGGCCAACACCCACCGUUACAACACGUCCGUCAAGUCUGCGACCCUCAAUCCUGUCUGGGAGGAGCACUUCUCCCUUCCUGUAGAAGAACCGUCGAGAGAUGUUCUUGUUGUUGAAGUCUGGGAUUUUGAUCCAGCUGAAACUGUUCGUGAGAAAAUGAGUAAGUUUAGCGAUGUCAAAGGAGUGAAAGGACUACGGAAGUUGAUGAAGGAGAUAGCUGUGACAGCGUCAACGGGGAAACACGACAACGAAAUGGUUGGCAGUGCACAGAUGCCUCUCAGGAACGUGCCGGCCACGGGGACGACCUACUGGUGCGGCCUGGAGAAGAAGCACAAGAGCAAGCGGCAGGGCGAGCUGAAGGUGCGCAUGACGUUCGGCUCGGAGAAGAACCAGCAGGUGGCCAUGCAGGAGCACCGCAGCCUGCUGCGCGUCGUGCUGCUGCACGAGCUGGACCGGUCCAAGGACUAUUCUGAUGAUGAGGAUGGUAGCUGCGAGUCUUGUGAUGGAUUGAUACCUUCGCAUCCAAAAGAAUCCCAACUGGUGGAGCCCUACCACUGGGACGGCUCCUUCUCGCUGCCGGGGGAGACGCUCGUGACGCAGCACCGGGUGCAGUGCGGCAUGAGCGCGCCUAGCGCCGCCCUCGCCCGGUGGGUGGAGUUCGCCGGCGUGCACUCCGAGCACCCGCUCAGCUUCGCCGUGUUCCCGCCGCUGCUGGAGCGGCUGGCCAAGGCCCUGCACAAGGACGAGGACAAGCUGUUCUGGGAGACUGCGAAGAAGCUGAUGCCUUCGUGCAUGAAUGCCAUCAGGAAGAUCAGGAAACUCACACCCAGUGAUAAGCACACUUUACUGCAGCUGUCUUCAGUUCUCAGUAUUUUAUCACAUUUGUCAGCACUGAAGCCACCAGAGGGCUUUGAUCUGUUUCCCAAGUCAGUGUUUGGGUGGCUGGACACCCCUGAAGACCAGCCCAAUUGCGACAUCUACGGAACUGUCGCGGCAGCUGUACGGCAAGGAGCGGAGGACUGGUUUUGCUCUGCUGCCAGCACCAACAAUGUGGAGUCGGCGAAUGACGAGUCCGCUCUCUCUGGACUGAUCAAGCUGGUACAGUUGGUGAGGUGCGAUCUGCAGAGAGCGAUAGAUUUCCACGACAAAUUGUUCUUUACAACUCUUCGGUUUUCAUAUGCAGCCACAUUGUUCUCUGUAUACGAAGUGAAGAUUGCAGAGAUGGCGAAGGAAGUGGUGAUGGACGUGUGCAAGACGCUGAGACCUCUCAAGUUCAAUGAACGCCCGGAGGAUGGCAUCUAUGACAAUGAACCUAUCACCAUGGGCACUACACUCUUUGAGCUUUACCUCGACUUGCAGAGAUUUGUCGCGCUGGGCGCGGGACUGGGCCCCGGGUCGCAGGAGGGCACGGCGGUCCACAACUUCCACACGUGGUUCCACCGCGGCGUGGCCCAGUGGCUGGACAUCGCGCUCUACAAGGCGCUGCAGAGGAUAGAGAAGGCGGUGGAGCUGGACCAGCUGGUGCCCAUAGACACCAGCGUCAAGUACAGCUCCUCCGCCGUCGACACACUCUCCAUCUUCUACCAGAUAAAAAUAUUUUGGGAUCAGCUUUCUUGGCCAGAUAUUGAAGGUUCCUAUACAUUUGUGGCUAAAAUAAUUGAUGACAUCUGUAGGUGUUCAGUGUUUUACGCUGAUAAGAUGAGCAAGAGGGUGGAAGGAAUGGGCGAGACAGAGAACGUGUACGAGAAAAAGUUCCAGGUCACGACAGAGUGGUGCCUGGCGAUCAACAACAUAGAGUACGUGAGGCAGUCCAUAGUGCCGUUCGCCAAGGAGCUGGGCAUGGAGCGGAUCCUGCGGGCGCUGGAGGAGUUCCGCAACGAGGCGGCGGCCGAACACUGCCGCGACACCCUGCAGCUGGUCAUAGACAACGCGGUCGACACUGUCGGCAACAAGAUAGUGGAGCUCCUGGACACCGUGGCGGACAAGAUGACGCCGUCAAUCAGCCGCUUCCUGCUGGAGGGGGCGGAGCUCCUGAACCAGGACUGCAACACCGUCGACCGGCUGAUGAAGUACCUGGACGACAACCUGGUGACGCUGCACGACCACCUCAGCGUCGACAACUUCGACCGGAUUCUGGCCAUCGUGUGGGAGAAGCUGGCGGACAUCCUGUACGAGAUCGUCGAGGCAAACCUGGAGAAGCGGCGGCCCCCCUCGUUCUUCGCGGGCCUGCACGAGACGCUGAAGAUCCUGGUGGGGUUCUUCAGGCAGGGCGACGAGUGCGACUCGGCGGGCCAGGACUCGGAGGUGCUGCGCAGGAUACAGCACCUGCUGAUGGUGCACGGGCUGGAGACGGGCGAGCUGGUGCUGCAGUACUUCCUGGAGCGGCUGCCGUGCCAGGACGACCCCGACACGCCCUCGCUGGGGCUGCUGACCGUGAGGCUGCAGCUGGUGGAGGACACUCUGCGCGUCGAGGUGAUGAGCGCCAGGAACAUCCGCGCCAUGGACUCCAACGGUUUUACAAGAAAUCAUUUGAGGUUCCGACAUUUGCACCAAAGCAAACAAAAGGAAAGUAAAACAAAAGGUGCAUGUGAUCCAUAUGUGAAAAUUCAUUUACUGCCUGAGGAAAAAUUUGCUGAUGUAGCAAGCCUUAGAACAAAAACUCACAAGAAGACUCUUUUUCCACUAUUCGAUGAAACUUUCACGAUACGCCUGUCAGAGGAGCAGCGAAACCUGGAGAACGGGCUCGUGCAGUUCAUAGUGAAGGACCAGGACUUCUUGGGCAUGAGCAACGAGUUCAUCGGCGAGGCGUUUGUUCCGCUCAGAAGCAUUCCCCACACGGACGCGACGACAGGGCUGGAGGAGCUGGAGCAGGUGCACCUCAAGCUGCACAGGCCCGCCUGUCUAGGAUCUGAAACCUACAGGGCGUUGGAUCACAGACAAGGUGACAAGCUGGCUAGAGAUUUUGUCAAGAAAGAAAAAUCUAAAAUGAUUUACAAGGACCCAAUAGUGCCAGCAAAGUGAAAAUUUUGUGUGUGUGUAUAUAUACUUUUGCUAAUGGAUGAUCAGGUGGAUGUGUUUCUCCAUAAAGAAUGGCUGAUUAUUUUGUAAUAAUUUAUGCUUGUUAGAGAUGUAAAAAAUAUUUUGAUAUUUUUUAUAAACUGUUUUUUGUUGAGGGAAAUACAUGUGUGACCUUUCGAACAAAA